AUGGUUCAGUCAAAGAAGCCGAAUGUGCUAUACAUCAUGGCAGACCAGAUGGCUGCCCCCCUGCUGUCUAUCUAUAACUCAUCCUCCGUCAUCAAGACCCCAAAUCUCGACCGCCUCGCCAAAGAGGGCGUUGUCUUCGACUCAGCGUAUUGCAACUCGCCUCUCUGCGCCCCGUCCCGCUUUACCAUGGUCUCUGGCCAGCUUCCCUCCCGGAUUGGAGGCUACGACAAUGCCAGUGACCUCCCAGCGGACACACCCACGUACGCUCACUAUCUCAGAGACCAGGGCUAUCACACUGCUCUGUCUGGCAAGAUGCAUUUCUGUGGUCCGGACCAGCUGCAUGGCUACGAGGAGCGCUUGACCAGUGACAUCUAUCCCGGUGACUAUGGCUGGUCUGUGAAUUGGGAUGAACCUGAUGUCCACAAAGACUGGUAUCAUGACAUGUCCUCUGUUAUGGAGGCCGGCCCCUGUGUGCGCACCAACCAGCUCGACUUCGAUGAUGAAGUCAUCUACAAGGCGAAGCAGUACCUGUAUGAUCAUGCCCGGCACCGUAAAGACCAGCCGUUCUGCCUCACGGUCUCGAUGACACACCCGCACGACCCGUACGCCAUGACGCAGGAGUUCUGGGACAUGUACGAGGGCGUCGACAUCCCCCUUCCCACAACCGCGGCCCUCGACCAGGCCAAGCAGGACCCUCACUCCCGCCGCAUCCUGAAGAUCAUCGGCCUCCUGGGCAAGGAGAUCCCAGACGAACGCAUCCGCGCUGCUCGCCGUGCCUAUUUCGCUGCCUGUACCUACGUCGACACGCAGAUCGGCGCCCUGCUGGCCACGCUGAAGAACUGUGCCUUGGACGAGAACACCAUCGUCGUCUUUUCCGGCGACCACGGAGACAUGCUCGGCGAGAGGGGGAUGUGGUAUAAGAUGUCCUGGUUCGAGAUGUCCGCCCGUGUGCCCAUGCUGGUCUACGCCCCCGGACGCUUCAAGCCCAAGCGAGUCAAGGAGAACGUCUCAACGAUGGACCUGCUGCCGACCUUUGUGGCCAUGACCGGCGGCUCGCUGUAUCCCGGCCUGCCCGUCGACGGCGUCUCGCUGAUGCCGUACCUUGCGGACGAUGCCCCCGGCGAGAAGACCGACACCGUGCUGGGCGAGUACAUGGGCGAGGGCACUCUGGCACCGCUGGUGAUGAUCCGCCGGGGCGCCUGGAAGUUCAUCUACUCGCCCAUCGAUCCUCCGCAGCUGUACAACGUCGAGCAGGACCCGACUGAAUCUAACAACCUCGUCGCCAACAUGGCGCUGCCAGCUCUCUCUGAUAACAGCUCGUCCGGCGGCGCCGUCACUGGGCCUGCAGCCCUGCCUACUCCUCCUACGACUUCACCGCCGGUACUGAAGAACCCAGCAGCCUCCGCCGUGUUGUCUCUCCACGCCGUCCCGACACCCCCUGACACCCCCAUGCUAGGUAAGAAGGCCGUGGCUCCUACGGCCGCUGAGAUCACCUCGGCCACAGCGACGAACGACAUCACUUCUCUCUUCAAGGCCUUUUUGCAAGAAGUCCAUGCCCGCUGGGACUUUGACAGGAUCCAGCAGCAGGUCCUCAACUCCCAGCGUCGAAGACGCCUGGUCUACUCUGCCCUCAGCAAGGGGCGCAUCACUUCCUGGGACCACACCCACAUCGUCGAGGGAAGCUCUGUCUUUAUUCGAAACCACGGUAAAGGUGCUCUGGGCGAUGUCGAGACUAUCAGCCGUCUCCAUGUCCCGGUCUCUGUUGGCCGUGAAGUGCAGUACCGCCCUCAGUAG